AUGGACAUGAACAAUGGUAGCGAGUGGUCCUUUCCAAAGAACCGACAAGAUGGCGAAGUGGAGCAGAAGGAGAAGCGGCCCUUCUGCAAGUUCACCAACCGCAGCCGGGAUCCCGACCAGCUACUUGACAAGUUCUAUGAGGGUCUGAGGCAGCUCUACAGUGCCAGGAAGAGGUGGCGGCUGAACCUCGGCCUGCGGAGGAAGUGGCCCUUACUGCUAAGGCGCCUGCGCAAGGCCAAGAAGGAAGCACAGCCCACAGAGAAGCCAGAAGUGAUGUCGCACCUACGGGAUUUGAUUAUCCUACCAGAGAUGGUGGGCGUGUACAAUGGGAAGACCUUCAACCAGGUGGAAAUCAAGCCACGGAUGACUGGCCACCACCUGAGCGAGUUCUCCAACACCAACAAUCCAGUAAAGGAUGGCCGGCCCAGCACUGGGGCUACUGACUCCUCCCGCUUGGUCCCUCUCAGGUAG